AUGGCAGCGACGUAUUUAAAGGUAAAAGAAAAAGUCAUACUUCUCUUGGAAAAGGCUGAAUGCGUUAGCCUUACUACAGACAUAUGGAGUAAUCCUGCGAAGACUUGUUCUUUGCUGAGUUGCACAGCUCAUUUCAUACAAGCUACGAAAAGACAAAAAGUUAUAUUGGCAGCAAGUGCACUUGAAGGCAAUCAUACUGGUAAGCAUAUUUCAGAAACACUAAUCAAUAUAAUUGCUGAAUUCCGAUUGACCAACAAAGUUCACAUGGUUAUACGCGACAAUGCUUGUAAUAUGCAGUCUGCCAUGCGUCUUGGAAAUUUUGCAUCCCUUGGAUGCGUAGCUUAUACGCUUCAGUUGGUAAUUCAUGACAUUAUAUUCAAAAGUGAUCCCAUGAUGGAUAUAAUAAAAAAAUGUCGCAAAAUUGUUGGACAUUUUGAAAGAAGUGAGCAAGCUUGUCGAUAUUUAAAGCAAUUCCAAGAAACUUGCGACUUACCCAGGCACACUUUGAUUCGAGAUGUUGAAACACGCUGGAAUAGCACGUAUCUAAUGUUGGAAAGGCUCAUGGAACAAAAAUUCGCUGUAAAUUUGUACAUGGCAGAACGCGGUGGCAUAGAAGUACCAGCAGCAGAAGAAUGGGUGCAAAUAAGAGAUAUGAUAUACGCAUUGAAGUGCUUUUAUCAAGCUACACUUGAUAUUUCAAGCGAUUCUUCAUCAAUAUCAUUAGUUAUACCACUGAUUGUCAUGUUGAAUUCAAAACUAGCUGCAAAAGAUGAAGAUACUGAAAACUUAAAAUUGCUUAAAAUCCGGUUGUGCGAGUCUGUUAAUAAACGAUUUUCGUACGCAAAAAGUACUCCAAAUUUAUUGAUUGCUACCCUUAUAGAUCCUCGAUUUAAAGGGAAGUAUUUUACCAGUGAUGGAAUCGGAAAUACCAAGGCAAAAAUAUUGGAAUUAUUACAACAGAGCUUGUCAAAUCAAACGGUUCCGAUGAUUUUAGAAGCCGAUGAUCCCCAGCCAUCUUCUUCAACAUAA